UUUUCGUAGCAGAAUCUAUUUUCGCUCCCUGCAUGCACUCUCACAGAUACACACGUCACAGCUAUAUAAAGUGUAACAAUCAAACGUGGACUCAACGAUUCUCUCACUCACUAAUACUAAUUCAGCACUCUCAAUAAAAGAAAGAAAAAGGAGGAGCAGAGAACAAUAACGAGAAGCUGCUUCACUACACUGGAAACAAAAAAAUAAAAAUAAAAAAAUACAUUAGUUUAUUUAUUUCUUAAAUAAUAAACCCUUUUUUUUAUCUCUGCGGUGUUGCGGAUCUGCUGAACUUAACGGGGUGCGAGAAUGAGGCGGAGGCGAAGAAGAAGGAAGAGGCGCUGGUGGAGCUGAAGCAAGUGGUGAAGGACCUGCAGCAGGGAGAGGACUUGGCGAAGCGCCGCAUGGCGGCGACGACGGUGAGGUCGCUUGCGAAGGAACGAUCGGAAGUUAGGGGAACGCUCGCUAUGCUUGGAGCUAUUCCUCCGCUCGUCGGAAUGCUCGAUUCCGAAGACGUUCAUUCUCAGAUUGCUUCGCUCUAUGCGUUGCUCAAUCUCGGGAUCGGCAACGAUGCAAACAAAGCAGCCAUCGUUAAAGUUGGUGCUGUUCACAAGAUGUUGAAGUUAAUUGAAUCACCGGAUGCUACUAAUUCAUCAGUUUCUGAAGCAAUUGUUGCUAAUUUCCUUGGAUUGAGUGCUUUGGAUUCAAAUAAACCAAUAAUUGGAUCCUCUGGUGCAAUUCCAUUCCUAGUUAGAACCCUUCAAGAUUUGGAUUACGAAUGUAGCCACCAAGCCAAGCAAGAUGCUCUUCGAGCUCUGUACAAUCUAUCAAUCUUUCCAACCAACAGUUCAUUCAUUUUGGAAACUGAGUUGGUCCCCUUUUUGGUUAGUUCAAUUGGAGACAUGGAAGUGAGUGAGAGAGUGCUUGUGAUUCUAAGCAAUCUGGUUCCAACUCCAGAGGGCAGGAAAGCUAUCAGUGCUGUAAAGGAUUCGAUCUUCAUUCUGGUGGAUGUGUUGAAUUGGACGGAUUCGCCGGAGUGCCAAGAGAAGGCGUCAUACAUUUUGAUGAUUAUGGCACACAAAUCCUACAGCGACAGGCAGGUCAUGAUUGAGGCUGGGAUUGGAUCAUCACUGCUUGAAUUGACCCUUCUUGGUUCUACAUUGGCACAGAAAAGGGCCUCAAGGAUCUUGGAAUGUUUGAGGACGGACAAAGGGAAACAAGUUUCUAGAAGCUAUGGUCGAGGAAGCUUGGGGGCCGAUAUCUCUGCGCCUAUUUUCAGCGCGUCGCCGUCUUUUACGAAGGCUUCGGGUGGAGGAGGUAAAGGCUAUUUGGAGGAAGAGGAGGAGGAGGAAGAUACGAUGAGUGAGGAGAAGAAAGCAGUGAAGCAAUUAGUCCAACAGAGUUUGCAAAACAACAUGAGGAAAAUUGUCAAGAGGGCCAACUUGCGUCAAGAUUUUGUUCCAUCCCAGCAUUUGGCUUCACUUACUUCAAGUUCAACUUCUAAGAGCCUGCCAUUUUAACCAACUAUAGAUGCUGAGAACCAUGAAAGAUAG